AUGGUUGUGACUGUCGGAGUUGAAUCCAUGUCCGGCCUAUCCAACGUUAAAGUUACUGCUAUAGUGUCGGAUAAAUUCGAUUCCACCGCUGUGAUUUCGGAGGCGUUACCGUCGGUGACGGUGUUGAACGGUGGGACGGUCAAUGGCGAUUCACGUGACGGUGGUGGAGAGUUCAGAAAUGGGGUUUUAGGUGAAUGUAGAGAGAAGAAGAGAGAGAUAGUGUUGGGAAAGAACGUGCACGCCAGGUGCCUUGAGGUCACGGAACCGGACGCCGAUGAUGAGUGGACCGGUGAUAAGGAGGCUUAUAUGGCCAGCGUGUUGGCUAGGUACCGGAAGACUCUCGUUGAGAGGACCAACCAUCAUCUAGUUCUGUAA